AUGGCUCACUCCAGCGGGGGAGAAACCGAGAAGCCUUCAGCUUCGGCUCCUUCUGAGGUGCGCAGGCUGGAUCUGGAGCCGCAUUCCACGCCCUCCUUGGUGGAGAAACUAGAUAUGUCUUUGGAUGACAUCAUCAAGCUGACCCAGAGGCAGCGAGGCCGAGUUGGCCCUGGCGGCCUCGGGCACAGUGGUGCUGGCAGGGCCCGCUCCCAGGGAGGCCCCAGGGGCGCACUGAAGGCCGCCCAGCGUGGCCAUCGCGAUGCCUGGCCUAGGAGGAACCGGCAGGCACCCUACAGCAGACGCGGACAACUUCCAGACAAGUGGCAGCACGACCAAUUCCACAGCGCCUUCCCACGUGGAGCCAGCCUGGUCUCCUCUGGGAGGCUGCUGCUGUCCAACCUGCACUUCCAAGUGUCAGACGCUGAUAUUCAGAACCUCUUUGCUGAAUUUGGACCGCUCAAGAGAGCAGCUGUGCACUAUGAUCGCGCUGGACGAAGUUUAGGGACAGCAGAUGUGUGCUUUGAACGCAAGGCAGAUGCCCUGAAGGCUAGGAGAGAGUACCACGGAGUCCCUCUGGACGGGCGUCCUUUGGACAUCCAGCUUGUCCCAUCCCAGGUGGAAACACAGCCGAGCCCUGCACGGAGGCACAGCAGAGGAGGCAUGAGUAGAAACCCUGCCUCUGGGCGCUUUGCUGGGAGAGGCACCUGGAGAGGGACCCAGAGAGGCAGCAGGCAAAGAGAGACAGGCACCUGCAGCAACUCCAAGCAGCAGCUUUCUGCAGAGGAGCUGGACGCACAGCUGGAUGCUUACGCUGCAAGCAUGGACACCAGCUAAACAGCCCAGCCCGUCCACACAAACAACAGGACCCAGAAGGCUCCUCCUCUGAUCCCUAGAGGGAGGGGUGGCAACUGGACU